AAAGACUAGAAACGUCAAAUUAUCACGUCACAGUAUAAGGAUUAGCGGCAGCGAGCUUUUGAAUAUCGGAUUGUGGCUCGUGCUUUUGAUUUACCUGUAGGUGCGAUGCCGAUUAUCAAUUAAAUUUUCACGGACGAAAGAAAAGCGUGAAUAUUUGUAAUCAUGUCUAACAACAAUGUCGCUCUGCCGAAAGCUCCAAAGGAUUUGUGCUUUUCCGAGCUCGAUUUCGUACAGGAGAAUUUCGAUGUUGACACCUUCCUACAAGAUCACAGAAAGAAUGACAAACUGGAGACGAUGCGGGACGAUCUUGGAAUGUAUUUGAAAUUACUGAGAUCAGCGAUGAUUGAUUUAAUAAAUAGGGAUUACACGGAUUUUGUGAACUUGUCCAGUAACUUGAUUGGGCUGGAUAAGGCUAUCAAUGACUUGCAAGCACCAUUGGGACAAUUGAGAGAGGAAGUUAUGCAAGUACGACAAACUUUAGACGAUGAAAUUACAGCUAUUUCCACUAAUUUAAAUGACAAUCUGAAGAUAAGAGAACGCAAGCAAAGUUUGCACAGCUUGCAGCAUGUAUACAAGUCACUGAAGAAACUUUCCUCUAUAUUAUGCAUGAAAACGUUUAUGGAAAAUCCUACAAAAAUCGAUGUCUUGGAGCAAGCUGCGAUUGAACUAAAUCAAUUGAAAUUCCAUAUGUCCAGGUGUAAAUCAGAUAUCUCAGUUGACCAAGAAAAGGAAACUAUAGAAUUAGAAAGCUUGUAUAUAACAUGUCUGAACGAGUUAUUCUUAGCAUGCAUACAUGAGAAGAAUUCGAGCUUGGCAAUCCGUUGCCUCAGAGUUUACCUCACGCUCGAUAAAAUAGCAAGUGCCGAGGAACUGGUUAGACACGAGCUUGUGAGACCCUUAAUUUACAAUGUAGUUAACGAAAAUAAUCUACAAACCGACCCACUCGGCCUGCAAAGUAUUUAUCAUAGAUUAUUGAACAUUCUAAAUGUAGAAUUGAAACAACUAUUAGAUAUCACAUUACAUCCUGAAAGAAUGUCCGUGAAAGGAUUUAAUUUCCUAGUAAAUAGCUUUUGGGUUGAAGUCGAAGAAAAGAUCGAACAGUACAUAAAAUCCAUUUUUGCUCCGGGAGAUCCAGUGCUAUUUCACAAAAGAUAUACAGCUACAUUAGAGUUUUUAACCAAAUUGGAAGCAGAGUGUGCUACGCCUGAAAUUUUGGCAUCACUGAGGAAUCAUCCGCAAUACAAAGCUUUUCUCAAAAAGUGGAAUUUGCCGGUAUACUUUCAAAUUCGAUUCCAAGAGGUAGCCGGUACCAUAGAGACGGUUUUAGCCGAGCCAAUAUCACCGGACUCGAUCAAAGGUAAUUUGAUUUCGCUGACGCAAAAAGACUUCUCACUUCACGCAACUGAUGCGGUUUGGGAUAAUCUACUAAGAAUUUGGGCUGAUGAUAUCUAUUUGUUCCAACUAUUUCAUAAGUUCUGGAAACUCAGUCUUCAAAUAAAUUCAAGGUAUCAAACUUGGUGUCAGAGUGCAAUGAAACAAGUAUGGCCAGUGAUAAAUGAAACUAAUAAUUCAAGUAACUCAGAACGUUCUACAAGAUUGAACUUUUUAGUGUAUUUGUACAUUGACAUAGAGAAAUUAAUAAAUACCCUGCCAUCUUUUUUAAAAAUGGUACAAUCAAAAAUUAAGGAUGAAAAUGCUACAAUAUCAAAAUUAUUAGAAGAUUCUCUAGGUGAAACUUCAAAGAAUUUAGCUAAUCUUUUACCUUUAGUUACAAAAGAAAUCGUUAAUGAGCUCUCAGAGCAAUGUGUAACACAUUUGAAACAAGUUAGCGACAUUCCUCGAUUGUUCAGAAGAACGAAGCGAGAUGUGCCAACUAAACCUUGCCCUUAUGUAAAGAGCGCGAUAGUUCCACUUAGCAAUUUCUAUGCGGAUUACAACAAGCUCAUUCCCGAAAAUGUUAUUCUUUGGUUGGAAUUAACUUUGUCUUCUUUAACAGAAAACUAUUUAUUGUUUGUCACGGAUGUGUUAACAUCUGUACAAAAAACUGAGGAGAGUUUAAGGAGGUUGAAAAAGAUUCGUGAUAAAUCCACUGGAAUUCUUCCUUCGGAACCACAAGGAACUAGCGAUGAUGAAAAAAUACGUAUUCAACUCAAGGUAGACGUGGACGGGUAUACGAACAUGGUCAAAGAUCUUAAUAUUUCUACUGCGAAUAUACAUCAUUUGCAGGAAUUAGUAGAUGCUGUGGAAACAGCUGUUAAGAAAUGAGAUUUUUAUCAGAAACAUUCUUUAAUUGUAAUCAUAAAACAUACAGUUCAGAAACGAUUUGAAAACUUGUCAUUUUGUCAAUUACAUUACUGUACGUCAUUGUGACAAUUAUGUUUUAAAAACAGAAUAUAAGCUUCUCAAAUUCGAAUUAUUUCAAAGUUGAAUAUUUAUUAUUUAUUAGUUAUGUGUAAGAAUUUUCGUUGUAUAUACUCUUCCUAUACAAUAAUGUACAUAAAAUAUCUUUGCAC